AUGCCUUCGCUGCGUUCAGAAGAAGCUGAAAUGCGAUCCUCGCACCCAGCAUCUCGUCAGGACCUUGACGAGGAGCUAAAUAGUACGCUGGAUGAGGAGUCUUCUGUUAGCCCAGAGCUAUCUUACACCGCGCCUUUCAUCUCUACUGCCGCUCAUGAAUCGGCGGGUAUUCCAACGCCCAAUUCCAGGACGAUAGGAGAAGGCAGCGCCAUACUUAGCUCUAGCGGAGCCGACCAGACAUCGAACCGAAACUUGACAGACUACGGCUCCCUGUCAACGUUGCCUCUAUCACCAGGCAAUCAAAAUAUCGCACCGUUGCUGUUUGAAAUGAACAGCUACAAUUCGCUUGUGUCCGAUGGUGACGGCGCCUUCGGCACAGAUACCACCAGUUUCACCUCGUCAAUGUUAUCACCGGUGAAUCAGUUUGAUUUUCGAGCGAGCGCAUUUGACUGGCUUGACUUCAAUGUGCCCGACAUGGCUGUGCCGGAAGCUAGCCUGCUCACCCCCAUAGAGGACGACGAAAGCCAUGAGCCUGCCACAGCCUUACCUGUACUGGAACCUCGCCAGACAGUACAACCCUGGCCAUUCGACCAGACGCAAGAAUCCGUACCCAGCCAGUAUCAGUUACCCCCGCUGCGUUUAGUGCUUCAGGGGGCCUUGCAGUCCCAAAGUUGCGACCGGAGAGCUCUCCCCCAUGGGCUUGUGUCUCUCCUGUCUGAGCCUUGGCUGCCUCCUCAGGAGAUACUGGAUCAUACUAGCUUGUUACCAGCAGUCCAUCUACUGAGAAGACUUUUGGACGCCUAUUUUACCCGUUUCCAUCCAAUCCAGCCAGUCACACACGUGCCGACCUGGAAUAUGUCAUCAUGUCCAACGGUACUCCUCGCGGCUAUGGCGUGCAUCGGCGCCAGAGUGUCCGACGACCCGCAUGCUGUCGAGCUGUCAGAGUCCCUCAGCAGUCUGUGUGGCCCCAUUAUUACGUGGUUGGGUGCGUCCGACAGCACGUGUUAUCGAAAUAUAUCAUAUUUGGACUCUUUGUGCUUACACCAGAUCUACUCGCUGGGAUCUGGCAGUCGCGUACUUUAUCAAAAUGCCGACAGAUCCCGUGGUGUUCUUAUUGGGAGCCUCCGAGGCCUGGGCCUUUUAAAUUCUAAUCUUCAUAUUGAAGACGAUAUGCAAGAUUUCAGCCUAGCAUCUGCAAAUAGUUCAACCAUCCACAGUGAGUGGAUCGCCUGGAUAGGCAUCGAACGGGAAAGAAGAACUGCUUGGGCGUCUUUUGAGUACGAUUGCAGUCUCUGUACUUUAACGAGCCGGCGAGGCGCAGUAGACUUGAGCGAAUUGCCGCGAAGGCUCCCGUGUCCUGAAUCCUUGUGGGAAGCUCCGUCAGCCACGGCUUGGGUGGCCCUUCGAUCUCGUCUCGGCUCGAACGCAACAGGAACUCCUUACUCAAAUGUUUUAUCAGCUGUGUUGGCUAACAAGCCCGUUCCCGAGCACACGUCGUGCUGGGGCAAGAGGUUGUGUGCACAGAUCAUCGGACGCAUGCUCUGGGAUCUAAAGCAGUUGGAAAUACUCUCAGCACGAGAUUACUUCGGGCUCGCCUCUCUAUCCGCAGUGCAACAACAGCCAAAGGCAUCUUUACUCCGUGCCCUCGAUAACCUAGUCAAUUCUAUGGACCACCCCACUUCUACUUCCGGUCUCAUUAGUUACAAUAUCGCCAGCCUCCUUUGUCACUAUUCGCAUCUAUAUACCACCCCUGAUGUUAUGGACAUUACCCUAUUUAUAUUUCGCAGCGUCGCGUCACGAGACUCGAAGUUUGACAAAGCUGUUGGUGUGGCGGAACGACGGCUUCAAUCUGCCUUUGCAAAGGACGCUCGAGAAGCUCGGAGACUAGUGUCACACGCUGCACAAAUUGUCGCCGUUGCCAACGAGUAUCUCGUGUCUGCGCCUUGUGAAAUUCUUCGCCUGUUUAUGGGCUAUGUUUUCAUUAUCGCAUUUGCCAAGUACUUCCCUCGAGGCUCGCAACCUAUCCGGGGCCAAUCGCUACCGCGCAUCCGCUUAGACGUUUCUCUACACCAGCCUUCCCAGAAACAAGCAAUUGCUGACUGGGUCGUCCAUGGCGGCCCAGCAAGCAUCGGAUCUGUGAAAGACAUAUGCUCUGGCGGAUCAGUACUCGCCAUCAGUCAGGAGGCCCAGUCUAUGCUCCAGCGUUUGCGUGCCUGGGGCUUGGCAGAAAAGUUCAUCAAAAUCCUACAAAGCUUUGAAAGUCAUGGAGCUUGAUUGAUUUUUCCUUCGUCGGAGGUCACGAUAUUAUUCUUGACACAUGUGGUACAACCAUCUAUAACGACAAGACUCCAUUCUCAGAAGAUCGCAAGACAGUUUGGGGGCGUACUUACUCCACCCGGCAUAUUAAGCGGCGCGCUGGCCACAAAGAAAUCCCAACGGUUCUCUUCCUGACA